GUUAUGUUUUGGUUAAAAUUCUAAAUUAUAUGAUGGCCUGUUGGCUGAUAGUGUAUACAUGUCAGCUGGUGUUUGGGCUUCUGGUACAGGGUUUGGACGUACAGGGCCAGCCGCAAAAGGGCCACAGCAUCUGCAGCUCGUAUGGAUACCAACUAGUGGAAGGUAUCUUCGGCAAAGAGACUUUUUGGCUGUGCUUGAAGCUAAAGUCUAUUGGGUCAUCACCACUAGCCAACCAGCAGACCGCUUUGCUGGUUGAUCCGGAGCCUGGGGACAUAAAGCAAGGAGGGGAUUACACGCUAGCAGACAUCACCAUGGCCUACGGUUUUCCUGUCGAAGACCCAGCGGCGGGCUCAGCUGAGGGCUAUAUUGGGGAAGACCAUCAGUUCUACGGAGUACUGCAUUUAGGUAACCGUACACUUCACGCCGAUCCAUACGGCAAGGACAACCUGAACAAAUCAUUCGGAGCUUUCGAAAACGACCACAUGGCGGCGCCUGCGCGCCCGCGACGCGAUCAUACCCAGCAAGAGACAAUGAAACCCAUCUUUCCAUAUCAAAUCGAGGAGCACAGUAAGAACGUUGGCAUCGCAACCGCGAGGAUAUGUGAUCUCCUACUACUGGCUGACAAGGAGUUCUUUGAAAAAGACGCUAACUCAAGCCUCAACCACGUGGUCCGGCGUAUGAUGCACGCGGUUGCACAAGCUGAUAUUAUAUUUAGGAACGCUGACUUUGAUGAAGAUGGCAUCCCCGAUAAUAUUGGUUUCUCCGUGAAGUAUAUUCUUGUGCUAACAUCGAACGAAACAAAUGCCCGUGUGUUCGGCGACUUGCUCAAAGAUCGGGCAGUCGACGGUAGAAACUAUCUGAUGCGUUUCGCAAGGCUACGCAGGCUCUCUGAAGUCUGUCUCGGCGUUGCUUUCUCCGGUCACGUAUUUCACAACAGAACUCUUGGAUUAAGUUUCACGUCACUAGGCGGGGGAAUGGGUGGCGCGGCGGGCGGGUUGUGCGACCGACGCGCGUACGGCCGCUCCUUCAACACGCUGGCUCUUGCGCACGCCACCGCAGAGGACAAGGAACGAGUGCCUGAAAGAAUCGCUGCACUCACACUAGCUCAUGAAAUGGGUCACAGUUUCGGUGCCCAUCACGACGAUAAUUUUCCAAACCCAGAAUGUCGCGGUUACCUGAUGGGUUCCCAGUCGUCCACCACAGAGAGCAUACAUCACUUUGAGUUCUCUCUUUGCAGCAAGCGGCUUAUAGCUGCCACGCUUAGUAGUAUGAGUUACUGCCUUAUUGAGCAAGACAGACCUUAUUGUGGGAACGGUAUCGUGGAAGAAGGUGAAGCUUGCGACUGUGGUUUACCUUCACACUGCAGCCAGAGAGACCCGUGCUGCACGCCGCGGGCCGGCGGCGCUCUGGUUUAUGAAGAAGGGGCUUUACACAAGGAAGGGUGCUCAGUAGCGCCGACAGCGUCCUGUCAUCCGUCACAAGGCCUGUGCUGCAACGCCGACUGUCAAUAUGCCGACCUCAAGGAGCACGGUAUUGAGUGCAGCGCUCAGUACGAAGAGUGCCGUUGCGGGAACACGUCGCUGUGUGCGUGCGGACUGGGCGGGCGCUGUCUGCCUGACGGUUCAUGUCACGCCGCCGAGUGCGCCGAGCUCGGUCUCACUGAAUGCAGGUGCAGCAAACGCGGCACGGGCGGUGCACUGGGCGAGCAACACAUGUGCGGCGUGUGCUGCCGGCUGCAGCACGGCGACAGCGGACUCAAGUGUGUGGGCGCGGAGAUCGCGGCGCGCGACGCGCUGCAGGCGGGCGUGCUGCCUGACAACUGGCCAGAUCCAGAAUAUGUUGGACCGAACAUAUCUGUGCGGUUGUGCGGACACGGGCGAUGCCGCGCGGUGAAGUUGCGCGCGUGGCGUCCGGGCGGGCCUUGUGUAUCCCUUAACGCGGUCGGUCUGUGCUCUGCGCGCGGUGUUUGCGACCACGCGGAGUACACGCCGCGCUCUAACGUUUAUCCCGAUAUUAUGAACGUAAUGGUAAAGCAAAAGAACAAGAGUGUAUCGUCAAGGACGAUGUUCCCGACUUUUUUAUUGUAUAUAGCCUUUGGUAAAGAAAAUUUAUAG